ACUUCCUUGUGUUAGUUUCCGGUUUACUCGUUGCAGCACCAUGUCGGUAGAUAUAUUGGACUCAUUAGAAGAUUUAGGAUACAACGGUCCACUCUUGGAAGAACAAAUUUUACUGGAAUCCGUUAAAAAUGGUGCAAAAAGUCAGCAAUUCACUGGUUUGAUUGAAUUUUUGACAAAAGAAAUAUCGCAACUUGCCGGUAUUGACGAGUAUGUACGAGGCAUAGAUAGCGAGACGGAUUGCGAUAAUUUUCUAUUGGAAUUGAGUGGCUUUUUGAGAGAAUUUGGUUGUCCUUACUCUAGUUUAAUUGAAGGAGAUCUCAGCGAAAGAUUGAAUAAUGAAAAAGAUUGUUUGGCCCUAUUAGAUUAUCUCUGUACCGAACUUCAAGCACUCAAAAUGACGGCCGUUGAUAAUCCGAAUCUCCUAACAGCAGCUUUGAACAAGCAAUCAUCUAAUGAAAAUGAACUAGCUGGAAUUUUAAAAAAAAUGCUGAUAAAUCUACAAUUUAACAAACCGCCCCCGAAUGUAACAAUUUCUCAAAUAUUUAUGAAGAUUGAGUCGAAAAUUAAAGAACUGACUGAAAAAUAUGGAUCUAAAAAUUUUACAAAGGGCGUUUUAAAAAGUCGUUUGUCGUCUAAACAACUCGAAACUGCUGCAUUAAUCAAUUCCGCAUUGAAGCAGGAUUAUAGUACAAGACGAGAAAUGCUAAUUAAGAGAUUCGACGUAACUGUACAAUCUUUCCGAUGGUCUGAAAGAGCUAAAGCAAAAGAAAAUGAAAUUCAACAAGUGUAUCAACCAGUCCGAGCUAAAUUAAGGGCUCAAUCAUCAAUAGAUAUUGAACAUAUUUUAGCUGCGAGGGAAGAUCUUCUAACAGUUGGUAAAACGAGUAGUGGUAUUGAUCGAGAAAAGACGAAAACUUCUCUCAAUAGAGUACUUAUAGGAAAUGUACCUGAUCGGGGUGGAAGAGCGCAUGAACAUGAUAUUCCUCCACCAGAGAUGCCAGCUUUUCAAAAACGACAAGCUGCUCCCCAACCUCAACGGCAAUACAGCGGGAGAGGUGGUGGUGAACGCGGCCGAGGGAGAGGCCAAGGAAACAACUAUAAUCAAUACGGUGCCUCUUAUUCUCAACAAGGCUAUCAAGGAACAGGUACUGAUGGAUUCUUUGGAGGACAGCAACAAAGUUUUCAAGGCCAAUUUCAACCACAGUAUGGAAGUCAACAGAGUAUGGAAUUUGAUGGGAGAAAGAACUACGGAGGAGAAGCUGGAGGACGAGGGGGAAGAGGUCGAGGAAGAGGUGGUCGAGGACGAGGUGGUCGAUGGUAG